GUCAUGGACGUUGGGUGGUAAACGGACAUGCCUAUAUUUUUAAAUACCUAUUAUUUUCGUGACAUAUUUUAAUUUCUUUAUAAGAUUCGACUUAAUUUAAUUAAACUUGCCGUUCCAAAUACAGUGAAACAUGAAUUAUUAAUGUUCUAGUGUUGAUUUAAGUUGAAUGUUUUAGUAUUGUGUGUUUUGUUGAUUAUUUCAACAUAAUGAAGGUGGAUGUGAACGUUUGGAGGCGACGCGCAGCGUUGAAUUUCUCAGCUUGCCUGGCUCUACUGCUGGCGGCGGCUGCGGCGCAGGCGGCCGGCCCCCUCGGCCCCUCCGAGAGGCCCGAGGCCUACUUCAACGGCUCGUCCUACAUCCGCCUCGCCAAGCCCUUCUCGCUCAAGCAGCUCGUCGGCCUUAGCUUCAGGACUUGUGUCGGAGGCGAGCUGUUCUCUCAGAGGUUCGAAGGCUACACGCUGUACGUGACGGCGCUGUACGAGCAGGUGGUGGUGUCCUGGGCGCGGCCCUCGCUGCCGCACCGCGAGGUGGCGCUCGUCAAGGAGACGCUGGACAACCGGUGGCACUGGGUGGCGCUGCGCUACCGCCCCAACCCGCCGUCCUUGCUGCUCGAGGUCGAUAAGGACACACAGGUGAUAUCGAACGUGACGUGGAAUCCGGAGUUGUUGUCGCCGGGCGCACUGGAGGCGGGCGGCGCGGUGGUGCUGGUGGGCAACCUGUUCAGCGGCUGCGUGCACGAGGGCCCGCAGCUGGAGUUCCACGCCGCGCACGUGCUGCAAGCCACCGCGCGCUUCGGGCCCUGCCCGCUCACCGAGGACGAAUGUAAAGACAGAAAAGACGUUUUACGGAUACCACCGAAGGACUACUGUUACAACGAGCCAUGUUUGAGGCACGGCACAUGCAUAUCUAGACAUGACAAAUACGAGUGCCACUGCACGGCGAGGUACACCGGCAACAACUGCGAGGUGGACGCGGGCGACCCGUGCGCCUCGCAGCCCUGCCAGAACGACGGCCGCUGCGUCGAGGACCCGCGGGGGGACUACACCUGCAUCUGUCCGGCGCACUAUCAUGGCACGUACUGUGAGCUGGAGGAGUCGCUGGACCCGCAGUGCGUGGCGCGGCCGUGCCGCAACAACGGCAGCUGCAGCGUGCCGCCCGGCGCCGACGAAUACGUCUGCGACUGUCCGCCUGGUUUCAGCGGUCGCAACUGCGAGACGGACAUCGACGAGUGCGAAGCGGGCGGCGCGUGCCUCAACGGCGGCCGCUGCGUCGACGCUGUCAACAAUUUUACCUGCGACUGCACGAAUACCGGGUACACGGGCGCGCGCUGCGAGGAGAACGUCAACGAGUGCGAGGAGGAGCGCGGUAUCUGCGGUCACGGCGCGUGUUACGAUACGUACGGUGGCUUCGUCUGCGCGUGUCUGCCGGGCUACACGGGCGAACGGUGCCACAAGAUGUCCGCGUGCGCGUCCGGUCCGUGCGGCGUGGGCGGCGCGUGCGUGGAGGAGAACAACGGCGCGGGCUUCCGCUGCGUAUGCGCGCGCGGCCACGCGCCGCCGCUGUGCGCGCCCGCCACUCCGCCACCCGCACCCACCACGCCCACGCCGCCCACAGCGCCCACCGCGCCCACGCCGCCCGCCGCCUGCGCCGACCUCACCUGCCCGCCGCGCUCGCAUUGCCGCGCAGGUAACGCUGAAGGAGUGCCAGCCAUGGUUGCGGGAGUGAUGGUCUCCAAACAAGUGUUAUGCGUCUGCGACCUGGGCUACUAUGGUGCGCCCGGACUGUCUCCGAACUGCACGAGCCUGGACAAGGCGUGCGAGGUGGGCGUGUGCCUCAACGGCGGCACGUGUACCAGCGCGCCCGACCACUUCAACUGCACCUGCGUGCCGCCCUACAAAGGAGUGUACUGCGAGCUGGGCCCGGCCGGCAAGGCGCUGACGGAGCGCUGCGCCGCCGCGCCCUGCGUGCACGCCGUCUCGUGCCGCGAUCACGCGAAAGGUUUCCACUGCGAGUGCGAGGCGGGCUGGUCGGGGCCGCGCUGCGACGUGCCGGCGCCCGAGGGCGACGAGUGCGGGCGAGGGUGCCUCAACGGCGGCACGUGCCGCGCCGACGGCUGCGAGUGCCGGCCGGGGUUCGGCGGCGCGCAGUGCGAGCUGCCGCUGGACUGCCGCUCCGCCGCUGCGCCCUGCCCGCUCAAACAGGAAUGCGUGGAACAAGGCGGCGCGUGGCGCUGCGCCGCGGCGGGCGCCGACUCGGCGUGCGCGUCGUCCCCGUGCAACAAUGGCUCCUGUCUGGCGCUCGACUCCGGCCUCUUCCGCUGCCAGUGCCCACCUGGAUAUAACGGAAGAUUCUGCGAGUUGGAUGUAGAUGAAUGCGCAUUGAUGCCGAAGAUAUGUAAUCACGGAGUGUGCGUCAAUAUGCACGGUUCCUACCAGUGUUAUUGCAAACCAGGCUACACUGGCGACAGCUGUGAACAAGACAUUGAUGAAUGUUUGUCUUCACCGUGUAAAAAUGGCGGCACUUGUCAAAACUUGGAAAACAACUAUGAGUGCACUUGCGUUGAGGGAUUUGAAGGGAAGGAUUGUUCGAUCAACAUAAACGAGUGUGCCACCAACCCGUGCGCGGCCGGCGCCACUUGCGUGGACGGCAUCGCCAGCUACAAGUGCGUGUGUCAGGAAGGGCUCACUGGACCUCACUGCGAGAUUAACAUUGACGAUUGUUUGUCACAGCCGUGUGAGCACGGCGGGCACUGCGAAGACGGGCUAAACGGCUACACUUGCGACUGCGCGGGCACGGGCUACACCGGCGACGACUGCGAGAUCAACAUCGACGAGUGCGCGUCGCAGCCGUGCCGCAACGGCGGCUCGUGCUUCGACGACGUCAACGACUACCACUGCAACUGCUACCCGGGCUUCACUGGCAAGAACUGCGAGACGGACAUUGACGAGUGCGAGAGCUCGCCGUGCAAGCACGCAGGCAUAUGUCUGGAGCGCAGCAACGCCAGUCUAUACAACGCGCGCGGUGACGCGCCGCAGGUGGGCCCGCAGCCGCACAUGCUGCUGCCGGAACACUUCUACCAGCCUUUCUCACUCGAAAACGCUAGCGGAUUUGAGUGUGUAUGCGUCGCGGGCACCACGGGCCCGCGCUGUGAGGUCAACAUAGACGAGUGCGCGUCGUCGCCGUGUCGGUACGGCAAGUGUGUGGACGGCAUCGGCAGCUAUUCCUGUGACUGUUUCGCGGGCUACGAGGGCGACCACUGCCAGGACGAGAUCAACGAGUGUUUGAGAUACACACCCUGCGAGCAUGGGCGCUGCGACGACCGCCGCGCUUCGUACUACUGCUUCUGCGAACCGGGCUGGGGGGGGCAGAACUGCUCCGUGGUGCUGGAGGGCUGCCGCGGCGAGCCCUGCCGCAACAACGGCACCUGCCUGCCCUGGCUCGUCAACGAGAACGACCACCGGUUCAACUGCUCCUGCGCACCAGGGUAUUACGGAACCACGUGUGAAAAGAUAACAACAAUGUCACUGGAGAAGAGCAGCUACGCAGAGGUGAACACGUCGCGCGAGGAGGGCUACGACAUCUCGUUCCGCUUCAAAACAACGCUGGGCAGCGGGCUGCUGGCCAUGGGCCGCGGCUUCACCUACUUCUUCCUGGAGCUGUCCAACGGGCGCCUCAACCUGCACUCCAGCCUGCUCAACAAGUGGGAGGGCGUGUUCAUUGGCUCCAACCUCAAUGACAGCAACUGGCAGAAGGUGUUCGUAACAAUCAACUCUUCCCACCUGGUGCUGGCGGCUAACGAGGAGCAGACCAUCUACCCCAUCAGUCAGAACGAGGCGUUCAACGCGUCCGUUACCUCCUUCCCCUCCACGCGACUGGGCACGGCUGGCUCGUCAUAUGCCACGCUCACUCACGGACCAAACUUCUUUAUCGGCUGUUUCCAGGACGUGGUCGUAAAUGGUCAAUGGGUACUGCCUGAAGAUUCGAACGCGACUGCAGUAGAAAGCCGCACGGAACGCUCAGGCUCCGAGGAGGAAGAGCCGGGGUCUGGGCCCGAAGACGGCGAGAGAGUGGCUCAAGCGGUGCUGCGCGGAGUUCUGGCCUCCUGUCCCAGGACGCCACAGUGCGCGCCCAACCCGUGCCUGUCUGGAGGAGCGUGCGAGGACCACUGGACCUCCUUCCGGUGUACCUGUCCACGUCCGCACUUGGGAGAUCGCUGCCAGUACAAUUACACGGCAGCGACGUUCGGGCACGAGUCCGCCAAGCCGCACUCCGUGGUGACGGUGCAGGUGUCGGAGGCGGCGCGCCGCGCGGUGCACGCCGCGCUCGACAUCUCCAUGUUCAUCCGCACCAGGAAGCCGACGGGACAGAUCUUCUACCUCGGCUCGCUGCCCAAGUACGGUCAAACAGAAGAGACGCUAGUAGGAGCAUCACUUAAGGCCGGUGAACUUCUGGUCCACCUGCGCUUCAACCAGACUCCAGAAGACUACACGGUGGGGGGCACGCGGCUGGACAACGGCCUGCUGUACCUCAUCGAGGUGGUGCGCAACUCCACGCUGGUGCAGGUCAAGCUCAACGGCACUGAGUACUUCCGGAAGUCAAUAUCGGCAGCUAAACAGCUUGAUGCGCAGGUGCUAUACCUCGGCGGGCCCCCUCCCCCGCCGCCGGCGGCCACCGCUACAUCACCGGCCAAUGAGAACGCGACAACGCCCGCGCCCCCCGCGCCUCUCCCCGAACCCGACGAUGACGAUUACUUCAAGGGUGUCAUACAGGAUGUGCAGGUUUCGAACGGCCUAGACGUGACCGUAGUGGAGUUCUUCCCGCUGAAGGCGGCCGGGCUGCGCGUGCCGGCGCCGUUCGGCGAGGUGUCGCUGGACCCCGCGGGCGUGCUGCGCGGCGUGGUGUCGGACGACGUGUGCGCCUCGCACCCCUGUCUGCACAACGCGUCCUGCUCGCUCACGUGGAACGACUACACGUGCGCGUGUCCGCGCGGCUACAAGGGCAAGCAGUGCGGGGAGGUGGAGUUCUGCCAACUUCAGGGCUGUCCCCUCAACUCCCACUGCCGGAACCUCGACCGUGGGUACGAGUGCGUGUCAAACGCAACGUUCGACGGCGUGAACACCACGCUCAGCUACCGGCUGCGCGUCCCGCGCGGUGCCUCGCUCGCCGCCGACGCGCUCGAGCCCAUCGAUCUGCCUAACUCACUCACCAUCACAUACAGGAGCAAGAUGGGCGGCACGCUGUUCCGCGCGGAGCAGAGCGGCGCGGCGGGCGAGGAGGGCGCGGUGUUCAGCGUGGGGCUGUACAAGGGGCAGGUGGGCGUGCAGUGGCGCCUGCAGGGCUUGCCCGCGCAGCGCCGCAUGCGCUCCCGCCGCCCGCACGACGCCUGGGUCACGCUGCGGCUCGUGCUCACCGACGGACGGAUCACGGGCUCAUUCGUAGACGCCGAAGGCCAGGAGGAGCUGGGUCUCGCGGACAACAUUGACGUAGCGGCGUGGCAGAAGCUGGUGACGGAAGGCACUAUCACCCUGGGAGGAGUUCACCCCCCGGGGACGGUCACCCCCCGACCCGCUGCGCUCACCACCAUCUAUACAACUAGCCUUAUGGAGAACUCGACUGAUCCCAACGUGUUGGAAUAUUCGGAAGAUGAAUUCGUCGAUGACAACCUCGCUGGAGAGUAUUUCAAAGGUUGCCUGGGCGCGGUGCACGUGGGCUCCCUGCUGCUGCCGUUCUUCACGGAGGAGGAGCUGUUCGUGGGCUCGGCCGCCGCCCUGCUGGCCGCGCAGCCGCACUACGCGCUCAUGUCGGGGUCGCCGUGGGGCGCGUCGUCGGGCGUGGGCUGCGUGCUGUGCCUGGAGGCGCAGUGCGAGCGCGGCGCGCACUGCCGCGACGUGCGCAACUCGUACGCGUGCGCCUGCCCGCCCGGCUACGCGGGCGACUACUGCCAGAUCGACGUGGACGAGUGCGAGCACCACCAGUGCGUCAACGGCGCCACGUGCCAGGACGACGUCGCCAAGUACAACUGCAUCUGCCCCGAAGGAUACGACGGACAGUUUUGCGAGCACGACAUCGACGAGUGCGAGUCGUCGCCGUGCGAGAACGGCGGCACGUGCUGGGACGAGCCCGGCGCCUUUCGCUGCGAGUGCGGCGACGAGUGGCGCGGCGCGCGCUGCGAGCGCCCGCGCGUGCGCACGUGCGCGCACCGCCCCUGCGCGCCCGCGCCGCGCGCCAACUGCACCGACAUACCCGACACGGUGAACGGCAACAACUACACGUGCACGUGCGGCGAGGGCUGGGAGGGCGUGCACUGCGAGCUGGCCUUCUGCGAGACCACGCCCUGUCUCAACGGACAGUGCAACACUGACGCGCAGCCGCCCGUGUGCGAGUGCUGGGCGGGCUGGAGCGGGCGGCUGUGCGGCACGGAGCGCGACGAGUGCGCGGGCGCCGCGGCCUGCCUGCACGGCGGCCGCUGCGUGCCCAAGCGGCGCCCGCCCGUCUGCGACUGCCCGCCUGAAUGGCGCGGGGCGCGCUGCGAGGAGGACGUGGACGAGUGCGCCGAGGGCAUCGUGAGCUGCGGGCCCGGCCGCUGCGUCAACACGCCCGGCGGGUACAAAUGCGAAUGUCCGGAGGGCUACUGCGGCAACGGCUGCGCGCUGGCCGACCCGUGCUUCACCGCGCCGCAGCAGGCCGCGGAGCAGCUCGCCGGCGACCUCGCCGCUGAGGGCGAGGACGAGACGGGCGAGCGGCACGGGCCGUGCCUGCACGGCGCGCGCUGCGAGCAGCGCUGCGCGGCCGCCGUGGACUAUGAGUGCCACUGUGUCGACGGGUGGGUCGGCGUCAACUGCACGCAGCAGGGCGUGGCGGCGCAGGGCGGCGCGGUGAGCAGCGCGGCGCGCUGGGCGCUGGGCGCGGGCGGCGCGCUGCUGGCGCUGGCGGCGGGCGGCGCGGCGCUGGCGGCGCUGGCGGCGCAGGCGCGGCGCAAGCGCGCCACGCGCGGCACCUACUCGCCCUCCGGCCAGGAGUACUGCAACCCGCGCGCCGAGAUGCUCGCGCACGCGCUCAAGCCGCCGCCCGAGGAGAGACUCAUAUGAUCCACCACGCGACCGAGAGCAUCAUGAAUCACACGACGCGAUAUUGUCGCGCACUCGCGAAGGAAGCGAUUAAAAACUGUUACAUCCUUUCUAAAAUUUGAAGUAACGUAAGGAGUUUAAAACUAAUUAAACGGAGCUAUACAAAAUAGAUCCAACCCAUACGAACUGUUGUGACUUUCUUAAAAGCACAUUUUAACUAAAAGUCAAAGUUUAUAUAAUAAAAUCAAGAGUUUAAUACAAUGUUUAUGUUGGAGUCUACAAUAUUAUAUGCCAAAUUUCCAAACAUUAAUUCUAAAUUAAAUCAAAUUCAAAACACUAAACUUUAUCUCACUUGGUGAGCAAAAAACGUGUCUGAUUUUAGACAGCAAAAGCGCUCUUUUUGAACUAGUGACGUGAAAAUAAUAAGUAUGUCCUCUUUUUGUAUAGUAUAAUUUCAAUAAGUGUUUGAUGUGGAAAUAUCAAAAUAUAUCACAUUGUACGACCAUAACUCGAAAAUGAUAUUUGUGGAUUGGAUCUAUUUUGCAUAACUGCGUACAAUUGUGAACAAAAUACGCCUGAUACGAAGUCAAUAUACAUACCAACAAGUUGUAAAAUCGUUGCCUCAUAUCAUCAUAUGUCACGGCAAAAAAUCCAAUGCAUGUAAGACGAGGCAAAUUGUUCAAUUUUAUUGUACAACCAUAAUAUUAUACUGAAAGAGCUUUUGCGCGUCAAGAAAGAAAAUCUGUUAUUAAUUUUCUUUUUCCUUUUCUGCUUUUUAAUUUAAAUAUAUUGUAUAUAUUUCACACAUAUCAAAUGAAUUAAACUGAUCCUAAAUAAUAAAAAAAUGACUUAUACUUUUAUCAAAUAAUUUAUUUAUUAAUAUUAAUAAAUCAUCUACAAUGCAUAUACCUAAUAAAAUAAGGGAUGAUGUAAAUACUUAAGUUAAUAAUCGUGAUAUUUUAUCACAAAAUUAAUUAUGUAGAAAGUUAUAAUCAAAUUAAUCUGAUAUGAUUGAAUUAUACUAAAGAAUGUAGAUCCAAAUAAACAAUGGAUUUUUUAUAAAUUGAAUUGAUUACCAACUUUUAAGCGGAAUUUUAUAUUGUACCAAUUUUAUUAAAAUGUAAGGAGUAAUCGGUACUAAUGAAACAUAUUAUGUAUUAGUUAUAGGUAGAUAUCAAUUGAUGCGGGAUUGGCCUCUACAGUGUCGGAGUCACGGCCGAGGUCAGUUAGUUAGUAAGUUUGUACUGAAGCACUGGUGAUUCUACAUUCGACUUUACUUUAAGUGGGGGCUUCUGAGGUGUUAAUACUUUACUCGCUAGCGUUUGCGUUUUAGUGCUGGAGUCGCAAACCAAACCACAAAGAACGCUGAAUUUGUUAUACAAGGGCUAAGGGAUACAAUGUGGAUUUUACUGUGCACUCUAAACUAAGCCAAAUUGAUUCAAAUCUAUUGCCGUUUCCGCAGAGAGCAUUAUGUAUAUUAAAUAGCCACAAUGAAUUUUCAAAAUUGCCAUAGGAUUCUGGAGUGAUAGCACGGGUGGUUCGAUUAUAUCAAAUUGCAAUACAUAGUUGCUAUAGUAGCUGAAGUCUACAUUCUUUCACCAUCUGUGAAUUUUAGCCAAUAGUCAAUCCUUUCUGAUUGUAGUCAAACGCUAAAGCGGAAUUCACAUUACGAAAUCAGACGUUUACGCAUGCAAUUGAUGAUGAAAUUAAUGUCGUGACACUAAUUUCGUAAUGUUAAUUCCGCUGGAAAAAAUUGAUAUUUAUGCAAAGUCCAGCGAGCAAACAUUAACGAAAAUAGUAGUCGUAAGAUCUAUGCUUUAAUAUUGGUGCGAGAGCGCCCUCGCCGGCCUUAUAUCGUUUUAGAAUUUAGUGUAAGUGUAAAUACUCGUGUGUGGCGAGGGAGCGAUGGUUUCGAGUGAGAAUCACUUGUGCUAUUUUAUAUUAAAGGUGGUGUUUUGGCAGAGAGUAGUGAGGCUAUGGUUAUAAUUAUUAUUUAGAUAUAACGCAUUCAAACUAGAUAGGGAAAUCUAUUGAAAGCAUUGAAUCGAAAUAGAAGAAAUAUUUCUAGGACGUCACAAUAUGGCGGACACAAUUUCCCUUUCUUAGUUUGGAUGCGUUAUAUCUAAUUUAAAAGUUUAAAUUUUCACUUCACAAACCGCUGCCAAAAUCUUAUUCUCCUCCCCCCUAGCACCAUUGAUUACACUGAAGCUUCGGUCAAACUGAGGCGAAUUCCAUGCGAGAACCAGGAAAAGGCUUGAAUGUAUGCGAAUACCUGCACCGUAUCGAACACGUCCGUAACUUCGUUGACCCAAUUCGUGCAAGCGAAUUAGUUCCCGCGCGGAACUCGCCUCAAUUUGUCCGUAACUUUAUUGUUGUCAAAGUUUGGUCCUAAGGGUGCUGUAUUUUAGUAUUUUAUGUAGAUAAGUGAAAUGAAAAAGCGUGCAAGAUUCUAAAUUACAUGAUAGAGAAGGCGAGCUCGACCGCACACGCGCCCCCGCGCCCCGCACCCCCGCACCCCGCGACACCCUACACCCCUCCAACCCACAUAGCCACCUAACUAGUAUUACCUUCAACUUUGUCACUAUACGUAAUAGUUAGAUAUAGUACUAAAUAUAUAGUGAGCGUUUAUAAACAUACCAUAUAAAGUAAAACCACAUGAAACCGUAAAACGACUUUUGUUGGUAAAUGUGUGUGAAACUAAAAUGAUUUAUACUUGUUCUCAAAAAUAACUAACUAACUCUAAAAAUAGCAUGAUAAAUAAUUAUGGUUUACGUGAUUUUGCAAUUAUACUAAAUGUUUUAAAUUUUAAGGCAUUAGCCGAUUUUUUAUUAGUAUGACAUGAGUUCUGGCUAAUAAAAUCAAAAAAGCCAAUUUUCAACUAGAUAAAAUUUUACAUUUUGUUUUAUAUUUCAAAGUUUCAUAAAUAAAUUGCUUUCAUGCAUAAUAAUGAAGUCAUAAGAAAAUAGAUUAGUUGAUAGAGGGGGUGCGAGCGCGCGCCGGCGGCGGCGAGCCGUCCGUGCCUUAACCACAAGUCUGUAUAUUGAGGAUUUUAUCUUAUAUUCAUAAUUAUUAUAAUUAGGCUCGAGUUCGAGCCGCUAGAUGUAAGUACGUGUAGAAUAAGUGUACAGUGUCUCCGCAGACUGCAGAUUAUAGUACCAGAUAGUUGCCUGUUUGAAGCGACCCACUAAAUAUACUAAUCUGCUACUCAAGUCUGCAGUCGGCGGAGGUUUUAGUGUCUAUAUAAUAACAUUCAUUCCGAAGACGUGAUAAAGUGUACUUAACUAUUGAUGCUUAUACCGGCACCAGUAUUACCUAAUGGCUAUACUUAAUCUUUUGCUCAACUUUCCCUACAUUCCAACUCCCUGUACAGAGAAAUUUAUAUUUUUAUCUGUUUUAUUUUUAUGCAAUUGAGUGGCUAGUCUAGGGUAAGCAUUUGUCUUUUGACUGUAAUUUUACUUUCAAAGUUUUAAAAAAACCAGGCAGUUUCCGAUGCCUUAAUUUUAUAAAAUUAUAGUUAAUCAUUUUUUAUGCAAAUUAAUAUAGGAGUUUGCCCAAAUUCAUCGCAGCUUGUUUAUAUUUGUUAUAAUCAUUUUACUAUAUUUUGUAUGCAAUGCCACGCGACAGUAACGAACCUUAUAAUAAAUACAUAUUAUUUGUAUGCUCGCUGUAUUUUAUAUUUAUUGUAUAUAAUCGCGAGACUAGUUUCAACGUUGUGAUAUUUUCAAACGACAGUGUUCCGCUCUUCGGAUCUUUGCAAAAGAACAAUUUUCUAACAAUUUUCUAGUGAAAACGAUCGAGUGUAUUUUACAAUGUACAUAGCAGUUCGCCUUUUGGUGAACACUAGGUUAAGUAGUAUUUAUUUUUCACAACUCUGUCCAAAUAUAUUUUAAUGUGAAUCUUACAGUGUACCUAGAUAAUUAUUGAACUAUCACUGUUUGGUUAUUUUAAUCAAUUUCGAGGCAAUCUUAAUUAUUUAUACAAUGUAAUGUGGAAGCGCCAUAUUGUGUAAACGCUCACUGCAGAAAUGUUACCGUCCACUUAAUAAUAUCUGUAGAUUGUUCGUGCGCACCCGAGGUCUGAGUUUACUCAUUAAUUCGCUACGUGAUUGAAUUUAAUAAAAAUACAUUUUACAUUA